CGUCAAAAUAAUUCAGGGACACCCGACGGGGAAUCUCUAAAACACUUCGACGUCAUUUCAAACCGAUCCUAAAAUGGCGGGAAAAAUUCUCAUCAGGCUUUUCUCGAUGCAAAAGACUUUCAAAAUUAUCCUCCCCGAAAGAGCAUUACCAUUACGCAAUCCAGAUUAGUCACUCAUUAACCACUCAUCCCCAGAGUGUUCAGUUCCGCUCGAAGGAAAAUGAAGAAUUCGAAGAGAAAAUGAGAAAUAAUGGUGCUCAUGAAAUGACGGUUCAAUCGGGGAAUAUUGACAUGAAAGGCGUGAAAUAAACAAAAAACCAUAUCGUCUCGCCUUUUAACAAUGGGGAAACUGCUGGAUAAUAAGUUGUUUGGGUUCGUGCUGGUUUGCGCUCUUUCCAGUUUAGCGUGCCAAAGAUGCGUCCGCGGCGAAUCUUUCGUCGUCGACACGAACAUCAUUCGUCCCUUGCACGCCAGACCUGACGCGUCGACUGACACCAAGGCCUCUUUGCCAGAACCCAGCUUUACUUUCCUGUCACGCGUAAACGUGCCGACAGUUUGUACUCAAUUGACGUGCCCCAACUACAAAUGCCCGGCGGACUCGUGCCACGUUGCCUGCGACUGUCCGCCGCCACUCGAGUGCAAAAGGAACGCUACUCAGGGCUUCUGCACGUGCGACCAAAAGGCAUGUCCGGCGUGCAAAUGCCCGACGCCCAAAUGCCCCAGGUGUCCGUGCAAGUCCACCAGCUGUCCGACGAUUCAAUGCCCACCCUGUCCCGACGACACCGUGUCGGGUUGUCCAGGGACGCUCUUUUGCGACAAGCCCGAUUGUAACGUCGGAUGCAGGAAGCCGAAGACGUGCAAUUGUGCCAAGUCCGCGACGUGUGACGGUGUGCAAAAGUGCUUUCAUUGCCCGGCGCCCAUUUGUCCCAAGUGCCCGCCGUGUCCGGAUUACUACUGCUCCCCCUGCGAUUGCGUUUCUGGCAUUCACGACGAGUUCGUUCCAAUCCAUUCUCCGAAUGUGUCAUCAGACCGAAUUUUAAGCUCGGCCGCAAGCGGGGACAUAGAUCCGUGUGUACCACCUCAGGGCUGCCCACCGUGCAAACCCCGAGCAAUGAUGCAGCCCCGAGUCGCCAAGCCCGGGAAAAUGAAUCCAAAUGCCCCACUGGUGGUGAACUUCGAGUUUUACCCCACGUCGCGGACCGGAAAACGAGGCAGCGUGCUCAAGGAGAUCCCAGGCCAGGCCCGGGCCUGGGUGCAACCCAGCCCAGCGGAAGGGCUUCCCGACACCGUGCCCUUUUUUGAAGAGGAGCUGAGCCCGACGGAAGGCAAAACGCAACACGUGCUCAUGGCCGGCUACAUCAUUACGCUCGUCAUGAUGCUCGUUUUCGGCGCCAGUGUCAUCACCCAGAACUACAUGAUGGAAGAGUGUCUCCAAAUCGUCGAAGCUGACCUCGGCGAUGAAGAGGAGCCGUGUUUAUAAUUAAAAAAAAAAAAACCAUCGGUGUAUACGACACGCGUUCAUCUUUCUCCCUUGACUAAAUUUCCAGAUGCCGGAUUCCUCUUGGCUCAUCUCUAUCUCUCUCUUUCUUUUCCUUUUCUCUCGUAAUCCAUUUCCCCGUGUUCUUCCCACACACAUGUAAUUAAUCUUCCCGUUUUUUUCUUCUUCUUGUUUAUCCCACUCAAAAUCGAAGAAAAACUGCGUUUUGGGUGACAACUCAAGCAAAAAACCAAAUCAGGAAUGAAAAUAGCCACUUCGCCACCUUCAGCUCAUUUUCGCCGCAUCCGCUAGCUUCAAAAAUCACCACAUACACAAUGAUUUGAUUAUGAUGAAAAAUGGGGAUCUGUUUCAGAAACGAUACUUCCCGAAAAACGAAUACCUGGAAAUAAGAAGGCAAGUUUCUCGCCCUGAA